CCCUGUUACCAAGUCUCCGCACCCGACCCCGCUACCAACUGCGAAUCAUUCUCUCCAGACCCUGAAGGAGCGGGUCAUUAUGCCCCGAACCCUCCUCCUGCUGCUGUCGGAGGCCCUAGCCAUGACCCAGACCUGGGCGGGCUCCCACUCCCUCAGGUAUUUCUCCACCGUCGUGUCCCGACCCGGCCGCGGGGAGCCCCGCUACUUGGAAGUCGGCUACGUAGACGACAAGCAGUUCGUGCGGUUCGACAGCGAUGCCCCAAGUCCGAGGGUAGAGCCGCCGCAGUGGUUGGAGCAGGAGGGGCCAGAGUAUUGGGACCGGGAGACGCGGAGGGUCAAGGAGACAGCACAGAUUUUCCGAGUGAGCCUGCAGACUGCCCUCGGCUACUACAACCAGAGCGAGUCCGGGUCUCACACCUUACAGGAUAUGUAUGGCUGUGACGUGGGGCCAGACGGGCGCUUCCUCCGCGGGUACAGUCAGUUGGCCUACGACGGCGAGGAUUACAUCGCCCUGAACGAGGACCUGCGCUCCUGGACCGCGGCGGACACCGCGGCGCAGAUCACCCGCCGCAAGUGGGAGGUGGCCGGUGUGGCGGAAGACUUCAGGAACUACGCGGAAGGCAUGUGCUUGGAUUGGCUCCGCAGGUACCUGGAGAUGGGAAAGGAGACGCUGCUUCGCGCAGAAUCUCCCAACACAAGGGUGACCCGCCACCCCAUCUCUGACCGUGAGGUGACCCUGAGGUGCUGGGCUCUGGGCUUCUACCCUGCGGAGAUCACCCUGACCUGGCAGCGUGAUGGGCAGGACCACACCCAGGACACAGAGCUUGUGGAGACCAGGCCUGCGGGAGAUGGAACCUUCCAGAAGUGGGCGGCUGUGGUGGUGCCUUCUGGAGAGGAGCAGAGAUACACGUGCCAUGUGCAGCACGACGGGCUGCCCGAGCCCAUCACCUUGAGAUGGGAGCCAUCCUCUCAGCCCUCCAUCCCCAUCCCGGGCAUCAUUGCUGCUGUGGUUGUCCUUGUGGUCAUUGUGGUGGUUGGAGCUGUGAUCUGGAGGAAGAAGUUCUCAGGAGGAAAAGGACCGAGCUACUCUCACGCUGCACGCAAUGACAGUGCCCAGGGUUCUGAUGUGUCUCCUGCAGCUCCUAAAAGUAAGACUCCAGAAGGCCUGAACUGGGGAGGAGUGGGGGCACUAGGAGCACUUUGAGCAUAUGGGAGGCUGUUGAGAAUGUGGCAUUUAUGUGACCUAAAUGUGUUCAUGAUUAUCUAUGAUUAUAGUGGGAGGCCAGCUGACUGUGGAGGACUGAGCAAUGCAGGAUCUUUUCACACUCUCACUUGGUUACAAGAGCUCUGGACUUCUCUUUCUGCAAAUGGUGUCAGAAUGUGUCUGCGUUCCUAUUAGCAUAUUGUGAGGACACAGGAGACUGGCCCCCCCCCGCCCACCAUGACCUAUACUGAUUCGUGUUCCCUUUCUGACCUGCUUUCCUGUUUCAGCAGAGGCAGGGCUGGACCAUCUCCAUCCUUAUCUUUUUUUUGUGUUGGGCUGAGUACUGACGCCUUACUUUCCUAUGGAAAGUGAGAAUCCAGAUAUGAAUUGGUAUUUUGUAAUUCUGGGUAUGUGGGAUUGAUGAAUUAAUAAAAGAAAAGAUUUGUAAAGUUGCAACAAAAUAAAUGAAAGCACUGAGAACCUUCCAGAA